UCCCUAAACGCACCUCCCGUCAGUCGCUCCGGUCUGCGUCAACAACCGCUCCGGUGUGUCCGUUUGUUUGUUUCACGGGUUGAUUCUGCACGUUACCGGGAGCAAGACCCACCGGCCCGGCUGCUGUCCACACAGAGGUCCGGGUUAGGACAGUCUUUCCCUGUCUGUGUUUUUGCUGAGUCACGUGUUCACCUGUAGACCGUCGUGUGUGUCUGACUGAGAGCCUCCAUCGAUCCUCCCAGUGUCUCCCCCCACAGCUGCUGCACGAUGAGUGUAUGAUGUCUGAGAGCAGCUGCUAUGGCCUGCAGCAGCGGUCAGGGCAAUGCCGAAACUCUGGAGGGGUUCCAUGAGGUGAACUUGGCCUCCCCCACCACCCCUGACCUUCAGAAUCAAGCGGAGCAGCGUCCGCCCACCCGUCACAGCGCCCCGCCCGCCUCUCUAUACCGCACACACUCUCUGGGAGCGCACCCGACCGGCCGCCCCACCUCCCUGCGGGCCGACCAGCUCCCCACGCAGCCGGUUUACUCCACGCCGCGGCACAGCCACAAUGGAAGCGGGACUAGCCAGGAGGCGGAGUCUGCCGAGUGCAACUUCCUGUCUGGAGAGGACGGCGAGGAGUGCAGCGCUUUGAGCGACAGCCUGUCACGGCUGCGCAGCCCGUCGGUGAUGGAGGUCCGAGAGAAAGGAUACGAGAGGCUGAAGGAGGAGCUGGUCAAGGCCCAGCGGGAGGCUCACAAAAUGGUCCGAGAAGCAAACGUGAAACAGGCGAACGCUGAGAAACAAGUGAAGGAGGCGCUGGGGAAGAUUGACGUCCUGCAGGCGGAGGUCCAGGCCCUGAAGACACUGGUGCUGUCCUCCCCCACCUCCCCGCUGGGCGACCUCCCCUCUGUGGGCGGGGGGGUGAAGACGCCCUUCAGGAAGGGCCACAGCAGGAACAAGAGCACCUCCUCCGCCAUCCUGGGGACGCAGCCCGACCCGUCGGCCACGCAGCCCAUCGUGCGGGAGUGCAGAGAGGUGGACAGUCAGCUGUUCGGCGACUUUAAGGCGUGGAAGGAGGAGCCGACGCUCGACCGCGGCUGCUGCUUCCUGGAGAGAGUUUACCGUGAGGACAUCUACCCCGCAGCUCUGCUCAAACAGAGCGGAUUGGCCCUGAGCAGAGAGCGUCCUGCAGCAGACACACGGGCAGCACACGGGUCCAAGGCCAGCUGGCUUCACACGUUCACAAACAAUCGUCAGAACAAACCUCUGAGCGCCAUCUCCCUCUUCAGCAGGUUCAGGGAGAUGUCCACCGGCACGCUGGGGUUGGUCGUCACCGUCUCUCCAUUCGCCGGCAUGUGGCAGUCCAUACCUGACGUUUAG